CGCCGCCGGGGCUUCCGGGAGGGCGGCGGGAUGGAGCCGUCGCCGGCGGGCGAGGAAGAGGAGGGGGGCGGCCGCCGCUUCCGCGCCAGCGAGCACCAGCACGCUCGUUACAACCCGCUGCGGGACGACUGGGUGCUGGUGUCGGCACACCGGGUGAAGCGCCCCUGGCAGGGGCAGCUGGAGAAGCCACCCCCUGAGGAUGUGCCCCGCUGGGACCCCAACAACCCUCUCUGCCCCGGGGCCACCCGGGCCAACGGCGAGGUGAACCCCCAAUACGAGGGCACGUUUGUCUUUCCAAAUGACUUCCCCGCACUGCAGCCCGAUGCUCCCGAGCCUGGUGACAGCGAUCACCCUUUGUUUCGAGCUGCAGCAGCCCAGGGUGUGUGUAAGGUGAUGUGCUUCCACCCCUGGUCGGACCUGACGCUGCCCCUCAUGUCCCUGGCAGAGAUCCGGGCUGUCAUCGACGCGUGGGCAGAGCUGGCGGCUGAGCUGGGUGCUUCCUACCCCUGGGUGCAGAUCUUUGAGAACAAGGGAGCGAUGAUGGGCUGCUCCAACCCACACCCCCACUGCCAGGUGUGGGCCAGCAGCUUCCUCCCAAACGAGGCACGCCUGGAGGACCGGACCCAGCGGCAGCACCUCAGCCAGCAUGGCGUGCCCAUGCUGCUGGAGUACGCCGAGCAGGAGGCUCACCGAAAGGAGCGGCUGGUGGUGGAGAACGCAGACUGGUUGGUUGUGGUGCCAUACUGGGCCACUUGGCCCUACCAGACCCUGCUGCUGCCCCGACGCCACGUCUGCCGCCUCCAGGACCUCCACGAGGGCGAGAGGGACAGUCUGGCCUCCAUCAUGCAGAGGUUGCUCAUCAAAUACGACAAUCUCUUCGAAGUCUCCUUCCCCUACUCCAUGGGCUGGCACGGAGCCCCCACGGGCCCCUACCUGGAGGAGGACUGUGGGCACUGGCAGCUCCAUGCCCACUACUACCCACCGCUGCUCCGCUCCGCCACUGUCCGCAAGUUCAUGGUGGGCUACGAAAUGCUGGCGCAGGCACAGCGGGACCUCACCCCGGAGCAGGCAGCCGAGCGCCUGAGGAGCCUCCCUGAGGUGCACUACAAGCAGAGGACGAAGGAAAUGUCAUGAUGGGGAGCAGCAGAGUCAGCCCUCGGCUGUGCUUGGUGCCUUCGUGUCAACCUCUGAACUUCCCCGCUUGGAAGAGUUUUUUUCCCUUAGGGCCCUGAAAAAGGCGGCAAUGAAUUGGCUUAAAUGUGGGGAUCCAGAUUGGGGUAAUUAGCCGCUGAACCAGUUGUAACGAAGCUAGUCAUCUCCCUCCACGCACAGUUAGCUCUGAUUUAAUAGCCCACCGGCUCCCAGCCCGGGCUGCAGCGCCUCGGCCCAGGGCCGUAAAUGAAACUCGCAGUAAGUCAAGCGGUAUUAAACUUUACAGUCGCCGUCUUUAAAAACGAGACUCUCUCUCUAAUAAAUCAGAGCAAGUGGGAUUGUAAAUAUCGAGGCAGGAUCCAUACUGCUUAAUUAAACAGUGCCUAAUGAA